AUGGCUGACCUGGCGCUUUUAGAAGACGCAUAUGCGCCCUUGAGAAGGGAACGAGUUUUCAGGGAUAGGCGCGAUCUUCUGAAUGAAUCAGAUGAAUGGCUGAUGAACAGAUUCCGUCUUCCAAGGCAUCUUCUCCUGGAGCUCUGCAAUAACCUGGAGCCCUACCUCCAACGUGAAACCCGGCGGUCAAGGGCCUUACCUGUUCCAGUCCAGGUUCUCUCCAAACUGGGUUUCUUGGCCACUGGAACAUUUCAACGGGAGAUUGCAGACAGGUCUGGCAUAUCCCAACCCACCAUGAGCCGCACGCUGUCAUCCGUGCUGGCUGCCAUCAGGACUCUCAUCCCACAUUACAUACAAUUCCCUUAUGACAAUGCCCAGCAAACAAUGAUUAAAAGGGGGUUUUAUGAGAUUGCUGGGAUUCCAAAUGUCAUAGGUGCAAUUGACUGUACCAACGUGCGUCUGAAACCACCAUCGGUUAAUGAUUACGCAUACAUCAACCGCAAAAAUUAUCAUUCAGUCAAUGUGCAAAUAACUUGUGAUGCCAGACUCUGCCUAUUAAAUGUUGUGGCACGAUGGCCUGGAGGCACCCACGAUGCCUACAUUUUUGAGCACAGCAGCGUGCGCAGACGACUGCAGGAGGACGCAUUAAGGGGUCUUGGUUAUCUUUUAGGUGACCGGGGUUAUCCGCUUUUGAACUUUUUGAUCACCCCUGUGCCAAACCCCGAGACGCAUCAGGAGCGCAACUUCAAUCACGCGCAUGCACGAACACGAGCCACUGUGGAGCGCUGCGUGGGGCUUUUAAAAGGUAGAUGGCUCUGCCUGGCACACGCGGGGGGCACGUUGCUCUAUUCACCACAAAAGGUGUGUAACAUAAUUUUGGCAUGUGCCGUCUUGCACAACAUGGCCGAGAUGAAUCGUGUGCCAUUUGACGUGCUGGACCCAGACCCAGAAGUGCCAGUGGAGCAGUGGGCAGCACCACCGGCUUUAGGAGCUGUUCAGCUCAGACAAGACCUUGUUCGGCGGUUUUAA